GCGCCUUUUCAAUAUAACGAGUUCACGCGCACGCACGGCCGUUGGAUAAAAACCUUUAAACCGUUGGAUAAAACCAGUUAACCCGUUAGUAUAUGGAGUUAUUUUGACCAACGUUACUACUUACUUGCUUAAUAAUUUCCUGCAAUUAGCUUAUAUGAAUUUGUAUAUUGUUGCUAUUUCUAGUAAGGAAGCCUCACAGGAUGGAUAAAGACCGAGGAUUCACCUUUAAACUGUUAGUGCCACCGAGGGUGAACCGAGGGCAGAUCUCGGCGGUCCGACCGCAGGAGAUAGUGGAGGACUGGAGCGUGAGGCAGGCAGCAGGCGGACAGCAGGGCUUCAACCCAUGUAUUGACAAAGCUUUACCUAAGGCAAACAUGGUUGUUCCAAAUAAACCUGGCAGACAAGAUAUCCCAAAGUCAAGAGUUGUACCUUCAGUAGAGAACGAUGAGAAUAAUAGUGGACAACUCUAUACCAUGCUGUUUGAUGAAGUGGACAAAAUAAAAUCUUGGAAAGCCAAAGUGGACUCUGAGACCAUGAAAAACGACCGCAGUCUGCAAGAAAAUAGAAGAAUAAUUGAAACCCAGCGCAAAGCCAUUCAGGAUUUGCAGUUUGAAAAUGAAGGUCUAAGUAUAAAGCUGGAGGAAGAGAUACAUGAGAAUCAGGAUUUGAGGAUCAAGAACAAUGCCACAAGGAAUUUAUGUCAUUUAUUGAAAGACACUUUUGAACGUUCAUCUGAAAAAAUUAAUUCAUUUGAAUCUGAGAGAGAGGAAACACACCAACUCUUUUUGGAAAAUAAUGAAAGUAUUCAGGGGAUGAUUACUGCCUUUGAGACCCUUCGUAUUCAAGCAGAAGCGGAUCGACAUGAAAUGCUGCAAGUCAAAGAAGGCCUGUUGCAAUUUGAAGUGCUCAAAGAUAAAGUUGACCAGGAAUAUCGCAUCAAAUAUGACGAGGUUAAACUCCUUGAGAAAAAACUAAAGGAGAAGGAGGAUGAACUGGAGAAGCUGAUGGUAAACCUUAAAAUAACCCAGGAGAGUUGCAGACUACUUGAAGAAGAGAAUGGUAAACAGAAAGAACUUAUCAAAAGUUCCAAACAUGACCAGGACUCUGUUCUUCAUAAACUUCAAUAUGCAGAAGAGCUGUGUAAAGAAACUGAGAAAAACCUGGCAAGAAUGACCUCAGCAAUGGAGAAAACCAAAGAAGACUAUGCACAAUUAAACCAACAGAAAGAUUUAAGAAUAGAGGAGCUCAGCAAAGCUAAAUAUCAACAAGCAAAUGCAUUAGUGGAAAUGCAGGCUGCAGCAAAUGAGAGAGAAUCAUUACUAUCAUCAGAAAAGGAAAGAGGAAAGGAGCUUGAGCUUAAGCUUCAAGACAUCAGCAUGGAGAUGGAAGACACCAUGGCAGCUCUAGGAGAAACAAGGGAGAAGAGCCUAAAAAAAGAUGAAGAGAUCAAGGUUGCAGCAGAUGAACUGGAGAUUAAAUCACAGUCCAUUGGCAUUCUCAUGGAGAGGAACAAAUGUAUUGAAGCCGGAGUUCAAGAAACAGCAGCUGAGUUGUCUAGAGCAAAUGAGGAAGCCAAACUUUUUAAGGGUAAAGUUGAGAUUUUAUCUGCAGAAAGGGAACUGCAGAAGAAGGCCGGUCUGAGGGCUGAAAAGGCCCAUAAUGAGCUGAAAGAGAAAGCCAGGAUGGCUGAGGAAAAAGUACAGGAAGUGGAAGCCAAGUUAUUGGUUGAGCUAGAGCAAAGACAAGCAUCAACCUUUCAUAUGGAACAACAAAAAAAGGACAUUAUUCAACACGAAAUAAGGUAUGGAGAGCUGUUAUCAAGGUAUAAUGAUGUGCACAUGAAGCUAGAAGAAAAAUUGAAGGCUAGUGAGGAAAGGGAGUUGGACAUCACAAGAGAAGUCGAAGGAUUAGAAGACAAAAGCCAACAUUUACGAGAGGAAGUUUCUUCGUUGAAUAUCCAAAUUCAGGAGCAAUAUAAAAAAACGGCAGAUCUGGAGAAUCAAUUAUUGCAAAGUGAUGAGAACUUGCAGGAUAAAAUAACCAAAAAAGAGAAGCAGUAUAAAGUGAUGGAAGCAAAGCUGUGCAAUCUCAAGGCAAAAUUUGAAGCUAAGUCUAAGACCCAGGAAGAACGCAACACAGAGAAUAAAACCCUUAAAAAACAGAUGGCAAAAGAGAUUGAAAGAUGUGGUCAUCUUGAAGAUAAGAUUAAUCAUCUAAAAGAGGAAUGUGAACAUAUGAAAAGAGAGAACGAAGGAGAACGUAAAAGAUUGCUUGAAGAGCUUGAUGUCAAAACUACUAUGGCAGCUGAGCUUGAAAAUGAGGUGCAAAUACUCAAGCUCACAGCUUCAGAAGUCACCAAGAACAAGGAGGACUUGGAACUCAAAUGUCAACACAAGAUUGCCGACAUGGUCGCACUAAUGGAAAAACACAAGAAUCAGUAUGAUGAAAUGGUUAAAGAAAAGGAUGCAGAGCUUGAGGAGACAAAAAAUACCCAGAAGGAGGCUUUUGCCCGAAAAAGUUCACUGGAGUUGGAGCUUUUCCAGAAUAAGAUCGAAAAUGAUGACCUGAAAAAUAAUCUGAAGAAAGCGAUGAAAGAGACGGUAAGAGCCGUGGCGGUGUGCUUCAUUUCCGCUAUUUCUAUAUGCAACCCUAUAUCCCAUGAGUUUUACUUCAUACUUGUAAUAGUUAUUUUUUUAUUUUGCUCACCUGUUCCAAAGGAAAACGUAGACAUUUUGAAAGAAACGUUCCCAAAGACCAAGAGUGCAGGCUGCAAAAACAACAAUGGAGGUUUCUCAACUGCCAACAUACAGGAAUCAAACAGGAAAACUCCUUCUUGGAACACCAUACAAAUAUCUGGUCGGACACCAAAACAUCAGGACAUUUCAAAAGAGAUCAUCAAGACACCUUCUUGGAGCACAGGUACCGUAAGCAGGAUUGGAGCCACACCAAAAAUCAAGUCCUACAGAAUCAGAACCCCCCCAUCUUUGGAGAAUUCAGCUCCUUGGGGAAGGGGCACCCUGGAGCUCGAUCCCAAGUCUGACAGUUCUGAGCCCAAUGAUCUCAUGACAUUUGCUGAUGAACCUGAGCCACGAUUCUCUGCAAAGCAGCGCAAAGGACACACCCUCAAGACGAACAAAAGCCCUGCCGUGUAUAAAUCCCCUGGAAACUCCCUGAAGAUGGCUGCGAUAAAAAGGAUGAGAGAUGCAGGUUGGAUUACUGUCGCUAGCUCAGACGAAAAGAAAAAGAAGGUGGAUCAAAAAAUAUUUGCUUAAAAAAGUGCUUUUAUAUGACAGAGAGUUCAUAAGCAUAGUCAUCAGUAAGCAUAGUAUCAGUGUUUGUUCAAAACUGAUUUAGCUUUGUAUGAACGUUUAAGUUUGUAUUCAUUAUCUUUAAGCCGUUUUAGACAUUUCAAUAAGGUAUUAGUUCUCAUGAAUUUGUUGGAUACUGACCAAUGACUGUGUUCAUGAAUGCUGUUGCAUAGUCAAGCAUGGCUGUUCCAUUUGCGUUUCAUUACCAUGCACACAAAAUGUUAUGUACUUUUCAAUUUGUGUUUUUUUAUGAUAAUAAUAGAUCAAUUCAUUGCUGUUUGUAUUACAGAUUGUUACAAUUAUAAAAAUUCUGAUUCUGCAUUGUUCUCGUUAGCGUUAUAAAUAAAUUAUAAUAUAUUUCCCAAUGUAUCAAGAGUAUACUUCAAAGAUGACAGUUGUUGAAAGCUCAAUUCUGA